AGCUACUAUUGGGAGUUUGAAAAGUGCCAUCGACUGGAGAGUGAUCGUAACGAUGACUAGUUCGGCGUAUUAUUCCCCCGUCGAUGCUGGCUACUGGCCCUAUCACCAGGCAAUGAGCGAGAUUCGUAGCGUAGAUUCGAGCAUGUAUAACCCGGAUCCACAAAUCCCGCAGAGCCAUCAUCAAGCCUCGCAACAAAGACACUUACAUCAACGACUCGCACCGAGCUACGGAACCGAAGCUCCGUCUGCGGCGACCCCACCCUCCAGCCUCCUCGAGACCCUCCUGCGCCAUGGCAAAGAAGCUGUAAGGGAAAGUUACCCCGGUGGAGCUAACGCGAAGAUUAACAAUAAUGGGAUUCAGCCGAGCACCACUUCUCACGUGACGUCCCAGACACCGCCUUAUACACCUUCCUCAACAUCCGACAGAACUUCACCCCUAGACGGACUGGCUAUUGAAUCCCUGUCACAGGAUCAUUUCCAACCUAAACGUCAACGGAGGUCAAGCCCAUCGGAGGACCUUAAUCCAAUUGGCUACACCCCGACGAAUUAUCAACAAAACUACGCUCCUCAAUCGCAGAGUGGCAAUUGCGCACCUUCGAUUCUGACACCGGCAUCCCCUACUGGAACUUACGAAGCUCUUCAACCGGGCUACUCACCCUAUGGGGCCAACAACAAUAACAAUGGUAAAACAAGCCCUAACGAGGCCAGUGAGUAUGGGGAUGAACAACCACAGAGAGGGGUCGAUUACGCCUGGAUGAAAUCCAAUUAUGCUAAUGCUGACGUUGCCGGAGUCGGACAAAAGCGGACGAGACAAACGUACACGCGUUUCCAGACCCUCGAGCUCGAGAAGGAAUUUCACUUCAACAAGUAUCUCACGAGAAGACGAAGAAUCGAGAUCGCGCACGCUCUGUGUCUCUCGGAGAGACAGAUCAAGAUUUGGUUUCAGAACCGUCGUAUGAAGGCGAAGAAAGAUGGCAAAACGGGAGUGUACAAUUCGAUGGAUUCGACAAUAUCGGACGAGGUGCAUUCACCGCAGGCUCAGCAUCCCUCGACUGACGGACUUUUGCAGAUGACCUCAUCCGCCAAUGGGUCAGCCAUCAUGAUGCACGGGAUCCAAUCACAUCAGACGCCAAAUGCCGUCAUUGGGGAGACCAAUCCAGCGAUUAAUCACCAACGCAAUCAUGACCAGCAACAUCCAACGCAACAACAAUUGCAGGCUGCUUAUCUGAGCUAUCAUCAGCAUUAUCAACAACAAGGACACUUGUACUCGGCUCAUGACUACACGCAUCAACAGCACCAACUUCACCAUCAACAAAUGCUGGGUUACGGUCAUCCAGCUAAAAUGGAGCUCCGCACUGGCUCGUGAAGUGGAGAUUUAUAAUACGCACUAACUAAAUAGCUAAAAAGGGCAGCUUUACACGUUGAGUCGUUUAAAAUACGAUUAUUCAUCUCUCACCAAUCGAUCCGUAUUUCUAUCAUCAAUUAUGAUUAGUUAUCGUUAUAAAGAUCAGAAAGAUAAAUUCAGGCAUGAGAGAAUGUCGAGAGGUCGGAUAUUUUGUUUCUUUUUUUUGUUCAAUCGGCAUGCGAACAACUACGAGACACAUCGUCUGUCUUUUGAGCACCAGGAGAUUGGCGCUUUUAUGCGUGCGCUUAGUUUAUACACGCUGUGUCCCAAGAAGUUACGGAGUUCUUGCACCGCGAGUGGGGGAAGCACGACGACGCGUAUGCGGACACACAACAGGGAAUGUGCCGGACGCUGCCUGGCGGCAGCUGACCCAGGCUUUAUACGUGCCUCUCUGCGAACCAACCAGCAUGAUUUAUGAACUAAACGCGGCCUAAACAGCCAAAAGCAUCCCACGCCAGGUAUUCGGGACUGUCUCUGUCUCACUGUAUUUUCUUUUAUUUUUUUGUAGCUGUUUCAUGAACACGCGACGAACUGUUCAAUGCGGAUUCAGAGUCGAGGGCGAACCGGCCACUCAUCUUGCUCCACUAUUCAAAGUACUUCGACUAUAUUUAUCGAGGUACUCGCGAAGGAUCGCGAAAAUAUUUUGACUCCCGAUGACUGUUUGAAUUCUCUAGUGAAAAAGGGCUUGUCAAUGAAUAAUUUGA